AUGAGUUCAGAAUUGACUUUCAGAGGACACGAGACGCAGCAAGUGAACGACGAGUACUCACCGAAGCCAAACAAACCAUGGCUCUCUGAAAUUCGUCCGAUUCGUUACAUGCUUCGUGAACAGCGACUCGUUUUCGUGUUGAUUGGAAUCGUCAUAGCCACCUUAUUCUUCACACUAGCACCAUCCUCAUCUUCAACCUCCUCCUCCUCAUCCUCAUUUCCAGCCGUCCGGUACGAGCCGCAUCCGAUCUCGUACUUCGAGCACGAAUCCAAACCCACACCAUACCAGCAACGGUCCGCGGCGUUUCAUUCGUUCGGGAAAGUUCCUUUAGGGCUUAAGAGAAAGGGGCUUCGAAUCGUGGUGACCGGAGGAGCCGGUUUCGUUGGGUCUCACCUAGUGGAUCGGUUGAUUGAAAGAGGUGAUAGCGUGAUUGUUGUUGAUAAUUUCUUCACCGGAAGAAAAGAGAACGUUAUGCAUCACUUUCGAAACCCUCGAUUUGAGCUUAUACGACACGACGUCGUUGAGCCGCUUUUGCUUGAAGUUGAUCAGAUCUAUCAUCUUGCUUGUCCUGCUUCACCGGUUCAUUACAAGUUCAACCCCACGAAUGUGGUGGGAACAUUGAACAUGCUUGGUUUGGCUAAGAGAAUUGGAGCUAGAUUCUUGCUAACAAGUACCAGUGAGGUUUAUGGUGAUCCUCUGCAGCAUCCUCAGAAGGAGACUUACUGGGGAAACGUUAAUCCCAUCGGUGUCCGAAGUUGCUACGAUGAGGGUAAGCGUACGGCUGAGACAUUGACUAUGGAUUAUCACCGAGGGGCUGAAGUGGAGGUUAGAAUUGCUAGGAUCUUUAACACAUAUGGACCCAGAAUGUGCUUAGAUGAUGGACGUGUCGUUAGUAACUUUGUAGCUCAGGCAUUGAGGAAGGAGCCUUUGACAGUUUAUGGGGAUGGGAAGCAAACAAGGAGUUUCCAGUAUGUCUCUGACUUGGUGGAGGGUCUAAUGCGCCUUAUGGAAGGAGAACAUGUGGGGCCUUUCAACCUUGGAAAUCCUGGUGAAUUUACAAUGCUUGAACUUGCCAAGGUGGUCCAAGAAACAAUUGACCCAGAGGCCAAGAUAGAAUACAGGCCCAAUACAGAAGAUGACCCACACAAGAGAAAGCCUGAUAUAACUAAGGCCAAGGAGCAACUUGGCUGGGAACCCAAGGUGGACCUGCACACGGGCCUCCCACUCAUGGUUUCUGACUUCCGGCAACGUAUUUUUGGGGACCAUAAGGAAGGUGGAACAGUGGCCUAA